UUCUUGUUGCCAUUCAGAUUUCAUGAAAAAAGGUUUCUUUAUGGGUCUACCAGCAUGCCUUAAUCAUAUUGGGGUUUCAAAGAUUGUUUUAUUACCCACAUCAUCCAGCUUUAUCAUAGAGGAGGAAAGAAAGUUUCGUUUAUGGGCCUAUAGAAAUGUUGCAUUUUCACAAUGAUUUGUGUAGUGGUUUAUAUAUCUAAUUUCACCUGACAGAAACUUUUACAAUACAGUUGCAUAUAGAAUUGAUUUCCAAGCAUUUGAUCCAACAAUUAGCCAUGAGAGGAACAAGAAGAGGACAUGGUGGACAUGCCGGAAUGACACAAACUCGCAUACGCGCUAGUGAUGGGUGCACAUGGAGUGGUCCAACACCUCAGUCGCAACCGUGUAGGUGGACACGAAUGGUUGAGCAAAACUCAUCAUCGGACGACUCAACACAGCCCCCGGAUAUGGUUUUGGGUACUGAGUUUCCUGAAAUUAGCAAUGAUCCAAAUACAAGGCCUGAGAACAAUGGGAGAGUACCAAUGCGGAGGUGUCAUGGACCAGCUGGGUGCAUUGAGUUUAUGAAGCUUCGUAAGCAUGGUCUCAUUCCUUUGAAGAUUAAUGAUGGUGAGAGGGCACCAUCAUGUGAGAAUGCACUGUUCUUUACAACAAGGGUAACAUGGAUUAUCAAGCAUCAUGCAACCAUGGCUCAAAAUACUUGGGAUGCUGUAGAUACACAAGAAAAAGAGGAGUUGAUCAAUCGUGUUUGGGCUGAUUUCAUUCUAGAUUGGAGCAAAAGGAAUCAUCGCGAGAUGGUCGAGAAGAACCUUGGAAAGAAGUUCAAUGACUUUCACUACCAGCUUCAUAAAAUAUACAUGGGUUGUGCAACCCACGAUGAGGCAUUACUAAAACCAACCUCGUUGGUGGAACCAGAUGUAUGGAAAAAGUUAUGUGGGAGAUGGGGUAGCAACGAAUUCAAGGGUCCGAGCUCAUCAAACUUGGUAAACUUCUAUAAAGAAACUAGAUGGUCAAAGAAGAAAGGGGCAUUUGUCACUCCCAUGACAGAAACACUCUAUAAUAAUAUGAUUGAGAAGUUAGAUGAGAUGGAGCUUGAGGAGCACACAGAUGAGGCUGCAAAUAUUAUAUUCCGAGAUGUGCUAGGACACAGAUCUGGUUAUGCAAGAGGACUUGGUGGUUCAGUUAUACCCGAGCCUAGACCAUCAUCUAUGUCGGCACAAUUUGAGCACCUAGCCCAAGAAAAUGAGAAACACAAAAAUGAGGCAAUAAUGUACGAGACUGAAUUGGAUGACUUGAAAAGGGAAGUACGACAAUUAUUGGUUUGGCAACAAUCGUAUGACCAGAGGAUGAACCUAUUCGAAUGUGAUUUAGAAAGAGUGUCUAAUAGAGACACUCCAGGAAAUGUUUAGCUAGAUGGCCUUCUAAACUAGGAUUUUUUGAUAUUUUGCUCCAUUUGCUGGCUGGCACAUAUUUUAUUUAAUAGUUGUCUAGAUUUUUGGGUGCAGGAUUUUACUGUUAGUUGUACUUGCUGGAUGUUCCUUGGUGGAAUUAUAUAAUGUCCUGGGCAACAAAAUUUUGGUGGGAUUACUCUGUUAAAGGUUAUGAGAAAACAUUGUAAGUAUGCUUUAAAACCCCUAGAAACUGCAUGUAUUGUCUUCAAUGGCUAAGAGAGUUGCUGAUGCAUAUUCUAUAAGAUUAGUUAUGAUGCUAGUGAUAUUAAAACCUUGAAACUUGAGAGAUGUAUACCAGGUACAAAGAAAUGUUUGGUAAUUUUUCUGUAAUAGACUAUAGGUACAGAUUUAUGUUGAAUAUACAUGUAAAGAUUCAAAUAUUUUAUCAUAUGCUAUCAUUUGCAUAACUCGGGUACUAUUGGAAUUUAGAAGCCUUUGCAUUAUAUUGGGAGAUUUGUAUAAUCAGGUCUAACAAUGUUUCUUCACAACAAUAGGUCAUUGGGUCACUCUUUGUGAGUAUUUAGGUAAACUUAAAAAUAGCCUUGUCUAUUUCAUGAGAUUUAUGGUGGGGUCAACUUGGUUUUGUUUUAAUUGAAGUAAGGUUUGGUUUGUCGUUAUUGGGAUUUUGUAAACAAUGUUGCAUACAUUUUUUUUAACCAAUUCCAUAUAAUAUUUUAGUAUAUUAUAUGGAAAUCAGUCCUUGCAUGCAUACAUAGUUAUAAUCUGGCUGGUGAAAACUAACUGCAUAGCACUGUUUUCAAUAUUUGGUGGGGUGGAAGAAACAAAAAUGGCAUAUAAGAUAUCCUUUGCUGGAAUUUUGGGCUUAGGUGGUAAUUUCCACCAUUCAUUCCCCUGUUUUUUGCAUGGCUAUAUACUUGCAUAUUUUUAAGCCUCAAAUGUAGUGCAUAUGAUAUAGUACUUGAAUAUCAUAUCAUAGGAAAGAUAUUUGGACAGGUUUGCAAAUUUGUGCGUUAGGUGUGUGCCAUAUGAUAUGUAGUUUUAAGUCACAUAUAUAGGGCUGAAAAUUGUAUCCACCCUAUCGAUGGUUUGAGUUGUGACUAUUGUUAAAUCAAAUACAUG